AUGCAUGUGGAUGAAAUCCUUGGAAAUCAAAUAUGGUCAUUCUUUAUUGGCAGAUGUGCCCUGGAUUCUGUUUUUGUAUUCUCUAACUUUCAUCCUGGUGCUACCGUUGUAGAGAAAUCAUAUGGAGUAGUAUUUCUGCUUUGUUACGGCUAUUGUUUGGAGCUUUCUUUUUUCUUUUUCCUAAACAAGGCAGACAGUGAUUUUAAUGAUGUCUUACUCCAAAAGGUCAAGGUAUUCCUGCUCUCCUUCCCCAUACAGACGCUUCAGAUCUAUGUCAAGGUCCAGAUGUCUUACUCCAAAAGGUCAAGGUAUUCCUGCUCUCCUUCCCCAUACAGACGCUUCAGAUCUAUGUCAAGGUCCAGGUCGAUUUCAAGGAAUCGUGAUCCAAGUGUUGAGAAUCCUGGAAAUAAUUUGUACGUGACGGGGUUAUCAACCCGGGUCACGAAGAGAGAUGUCGAGAAGCAUUUCUCAACUGAGGGAAAGGUGGAAGAUGUACACCUUGUGGUUGACCCUUGGACAAGAGAUUCUCGUGGAUUUGGUUUUGUGACAAUGUCUACACUCAAAGAGGCUGAUCGUUGCAUCAAAUAUUUGGAUCGCUCCGUGCUUGAAGGUCGUGUUAUCACAGUGGAGAAGGCGAAGAGGCGGAGAGGUCGAACACCUACUCCAGGAAGGUACCUUGGGUUGAGAACAAUCAGUGGUAAGAUAUCUGGUUUGUUAGUUGUGGUUGGGCCCAAGGUCAUAUUUGGUUAUGAAGAUUUGUAUUUUAGUCUUUAA